AUUUUGCAUGAAAUGAUGUAGUGAAUGGCUGACAAAAAGUGCUGUUUCAUCAGUAGGAACUCAGUUUAUCAAUCGAAUUCGAAAUGAAGAUUGUAAGUUCGUUUUGUGUUCUUCUCCUAGUCGCUACAGGAAUAGAAUGUGCCAAAAUUUUAGGAGUAUUUCAUGUUGCCGGAAGGAGCCACUACAUGGCAUGCAGCACUCUUAUGAAGAUCCUAGCGGAGAGGGGUCACGAUGUAACAGUUAUCGCGCCUUUCAAAGAGAAAAAUCCACCGAAGAACUACAGACAAAUAUACCUCGAUGGGAUUUAUGAACAGGUUUCAGGACAAAGCACGAACCUUUUCGAGUUGAAACCCAUCCCUGUAGUGGUACCAAUCGUUUUACACUUCGUGGGAAUGAACUUCCAAGAAAUGACCUUCAACCACACCAAUUUCAAAGAGUUCAUGAAAGGGAAAGAAGAAUUCGACGUCGUUAUCACUGAAGAAUUUCAAGCGGAAGCAAUAAAAUACGUAGCCCAUCAUUUCAAAGCUCCCUUGAUCGUGUACAACGCAAUGGAUGCAAACGAAUGGAUCCAUCCUUUCCAAGGAAACCCCGAUACACCUUCAUAUCACCCUUGCCGAGCAUUGACUCAUCUCACGAAUCACAUGUCGUUUCUGGAGCGUCUUGAAAAUACGAUAUUCUACACGUAUGAGAAACUUUUUUACAACUUGAUAUCCUUUCCUGGCCAGAACAGGCUUCUUCAUCAGUAUUACCCGGAUGCACCAGAUCUAGUGGACAUAGCCUACAACGUUUCAUUGGUGCUUUUGAAUGCCGACCCUAGCGUCCACGAGGCUAUUCCCAAAGUGCCAAGCAUGAAAGAUAUCGGUGGUUUUCACAUAAGAAAGCCAAAACCUCUACCUGAUGACCUCCAAAAGAUCUUGGACAAUGCCGAACAUGGUGUAAUAUUCUUCAGCUUGGGUUCAAAUGUAAAAAGCGCUGAUAUGCCAAAGGAAAAAAGGGACUUCAUACUCAAGAAGUUUUCGAAGCUCAAAGAGACUGUCAUUUGGAAAUUUGAAGACCCGGACUUACCCGGAAAGCCUGACAAUGUAAUAAUCAGGAAAUGGUUACCACAAAACGAUAUUUUUGCCCACAAAAACGUCAAAUUAUUCAUAACGCAUGGAGGUAUAUUCAGUACGAUGGAAGCCGUUUACCACGGUCUGCCAGUGAUGGCUAUUUCAAUUUUUGCUGAUCAGGAAAUGAACGGAAAAAGAGCAGAAGAUAACGGAUUUGCAAGACACAUAACAUUCAAAGCACUCACUGAAAACACGUUCAGUGACAUCCUAGAUGAUGUCCUGAAGAAUCCAAAAUAUAAAGAGAAUGCUCAAAUGCGAUCGAAACUCAUGAAAGAUAAACCUAUGUCACCAGCAGAUGCUAUAAACUAUUGGGUAGAAUACGUGAUCAGACAUAAGGGUGCCCCACAUCUAAGAUCAGCAGCACUGGACCUGAGAUGGUAUGAGUACUUGUUGAUAGAUGUUGUGCUCUUCAUACUGGUAGUGACAGGUGCCUUCCUUUACACGGUUCUAUACUUAUUCAAACAAUGGUCUAGGAAGAGAAAGAGCUAUAAACUGAAGGAGAAUUAGGUUCGUUGUAAAGAGGAAAACUGAGACUGAGAAAUAUAUAUCGGUUUAAAAAAAAUUAUGGAAAUUUACUACAUCAAUAUUCGAGUCAAUAGUCAUUUCAUGCCUUAUGUUUUCAUAUAUAAAUAUUCGAAAUAAAUACUGUAUCUACAUAUUCUAAGUUAUA